GCUACUCUCAGCCUCUUGGCCUCUGUCGUCUCUGCUGGCCCUAUCCUGCGCACCAGAGAUGUCUCUACCAGCAUCAACACCACCAGCUGGCCCGUGUCCAACUUUGACGUCGGCUGCUCACCCGAAGCCUGCGAGUAUGCCUUCACUGUGACUCGUCCUGCUGGCCCCAACAACCCUGGCUUCAACACAUCCUGCACAGGCAGCGACUACAAGAUCGAAUGGCAGGCCUGCGACGACAAGUCUGUCGUCGCCAAGCUGAUCCCCAGGACCUAUCCCUUGUGGGAGGUUAACGUGAAGCACUCCUUCGCCAGCGGGAGUAGUAAUGUUGAUGCCUUUGCCAAUGGAACU